AUGGCUUGUGCCGUAUGGAGGCUGGAACCAUGGCAGAGAAGUACAAUGAGCACGACCCCGAUUUCACGUCAAGGAAGGAAGUAUGACAGUACCCGUGCCAGGGGUGUUCAGAGGAGGCAGGGCAAUAGCUAUAUGAACGUCGCCUCUAAGCUCUCACCCGUCUUCGGAAUGCCGAAGAGCUUCAAGGAGUACCAGUUUAUGAGUUCAGUUAGCAACUCCAAGAUGAACAAAAAUUUUAAUAAUUUUUUCCAGACGAAUAAAGAUCGCACAAUUUUUAAUGAACGCAAUGACUCAUGUUCAAUGCCCGAUGGUUCCACUGUUGCAGGGCAGACCUGUUCAGUAGACUCCAGUGCACAUACUGGUUCUGUCGAUUCCACGGGCGCUUCUUGUCCACUUAAACAGGACCAGAAUGCUAUAACCGUAGCAUCUCCAGUAGCAGUACACUCCGCCGAUGACUGGUCCGAGGAUGUUAGUUCAAUCCAUAAAGCACAAGAUGAGCUCAAAUCUGAGUUGAAUGACGUAAAAGAGGCUCAAAAACAUCUGGAAGAGAAAUACGAUCAAACACAGAAAACCGCUGAUCAGGCUCAACAGGCCGCGAACCAGGUCGAGCAGACCGAGCAGGAGCUACAGGACACCACCGAACAGUUACAACAAGAUCAAGAAAACUUGCACAACGAACAGGAACAGUUACACGAAGAGGCAGACGCAUUGAAGCAGGAAGAACAGAAACUGGAAUCAACAGUAGCAGCUGUUAACGCAAAAGAACAUGAUCUAAAUCAACAACAAAACGAUUUAAAUGACCAAAAAAACGACUUAGAAAAUAAAGAAAAUGAAUUACAACAACAUCAGCAAGAGGUUAAAAACGAGGAAGACACCGUCGAACGAGAAAAAAAUGAACUCGAAGACCAACAGAAAGAGUUAAAGAACGAGGAGGACAAAGUUGAGGCCAAGCAAGAACAACUAGAUGCCAAAGAAAACGAGUUAAACGAUAAGGAGGAUGACCUGAAACAGCAGGAACACGAACUCCAAGAGUCCCAGAGCACCAGUGUUUCUGACGAAACAUCCAAGUUAGACAAAAAUAGUAGUAAUAAUAACUCGCAGAGCACCGAUGUAAGCCAACUGCAACCAAUCGCAAGUCCCAGUGUUAAUGGUAGUGUUAAAGGCCUCGUCGACAGCUCCACAAUACCCAGCUGUGCUUCUGACGACGACGAGGUCUCCAAGGCUUACCAGUCUGAAUCCGUCAAAGAACCAGAGUCUGAGUCCGGAGUCACACCAGAAUCGGAAUCUAAGUCUGAAUCCAAAUCCGAGACAGAGUCUGAAUCAAAUAACGAGUCUACUAGCGAAUCCCGUGACGCUUCUGAUUCCGAGUCCAAGGACGAGCCAGAGUCUCAAUCAGAAUCCGCAACCGCGUCCCAUUUGGAAACUGGGUCUGAAGAGGGGGCCGACAGCAAGGAAGCUGACGACGAGGAUCAACAGGAUCACGUAGAAGCUAAGGAUGAAGUUUAA